CUUUUGGGUUCGCAAAUGAGAAUAAAAAAGAGGAGAGAGAAACAGGAAAUCUCAAGGCCACAAAGAACUUGUGGCUCAGAAUUGCUUUUUCUCUGCUGCUGACAAAACACACUCAACAGGCAAAGCUCUGAAUUAAACGGAUCAAAAUCGUCGAAACGGCGACGACGACGACAACACGCACACAACAACAGACCUCACCACACCCAUCCAACCCAACCCAACCCAAACACUCACACCGGGUGUGCCAGAUCUCUCUCACCCAAUCCCAAUUUCACCGCCUUUAUCAUCUCCCUCUCUGUGUACUUUCUCUCUCUAGAAGGUGUCCUUUUUUCUUGACAACAGAGCACGAAAUGUCGGAAGCGAAAGAUCCGGCGAUUAAGCUCUUUGGGAAGACGAUUCCACUACCGGAGGCCCCUGCGGAUUCCCCCGGCUCGGGCGGAGCUGCUACUCCUCCUAUUGAUGAAUGUCCGGGUUCACCCAAUUCUUCGCCUGAGAACGCCGAGACCGACAGAGUUGGAGAUCAGCAAGAACCGGAGAAGGACCCACCAGAAGGAAGAGUAAUUGAUGCUAAACUGGAGGAUGGAUCCCAACCAGUAACUUCAGAGAAGCCUACAGAUCCAAAUGCAACUCGAGGGGUACCUGAGAACCUGAAAACAUCUGUUGGCAAUGAAGCUGCAACACCAAAAACAACAAAGACUGAAGAAGAACAGAGUGAGACAAGUAACUCGCAGGAAAAGUCCUUGAAGAAACCCGACAAGAUACUUCCAUGUCCGCGCUGUAAUAGCAUGGAUACCAAGUUCUGCUACUAUAAUAAUUACAAUGUCAACCAGCCCAGGCACUUCUGCAAGAACUGCCAGAGAUACUGGACAGCUGGUGGGACCAUGAGGAACGUGCCCGUAGGGGCUGGUCGUCGCAAGAACAAGAACGCAGCCUCUAACUAUCGUCACAUAACCGUCUCAGAAGCUCUUCAGAAUGCACGAGUAGAUCUUCCGAGUGGAAUCCACCACCCUACUCUGAAGCCAAAUGGCACUGUCCUCACCUUUGGCUCAGACACACCCCUCUGUGAAUCAAUGGCUUCAGUUUUGAACAUUGCUGAGAAGACAAUGCAGAACCGCGCACAAAAUGGGUUUCAUAAACCAGAAGAACUCAGAAUUCCAGUUUCAUAUGGAGCUGGAGAGAAUGGGGAGGAUCAUUCAAGUGGGUCUUCAGUCACUGCUGCAAAUACGAAGGAUGAGGUUGGUAAACCUGGGUUGCAAGACACGCUGAUGCAGAAUUGUCAUAACUUCCCUCCUCAGGUACCAUGCUUUCCUGGGGCUCCUUGGCCUUAUCCGUGGAAUUCAGCUCAAUGGAGCUCUCCAGUACUCCCACCUGCUUUCUGCCCUCCAGGCUUUGCUAUGCCAUUCUAUCCCACUGCACCUUAUUGGGGUUGUACUCCUUGGAAUGUCCCUUGGAUUACCCCACCUCCUACUUCUUCUCCAAAUCAUGCGGCCCCUAGUUCUGGUCCAAAUUCUCCAACCUUGGGAAAGCAUUCAAGGGAUGAAAACAUGGUUAAACAAACCAACUCUGGGGAGGAGGAGCCACACAAAGAGAAUAAUCCCGAGAAAUGCCUUUGGAUUCCAAAGACUUUGAGAAUUGAUGAUCCUGGCGAAGCUGCAAGGAGCUCUAUAUGGGCAGCAUUGGGAAUUAAAGAUGAUAUAACCGAUUCAAUGAAUGGAAAGUCUCUCUUUAAGGCUUUCCAAUCAAAGGGUGAUGGGAAGAAUCAUGUAUCCGAAACCUCUCGAGUAUUGCGAGCUAAUCCUGCAGCAUUGUCUAGGUCGCUCAACUUCCACGAGAGCUCAUAAGUGCAUAAUAGUUUGAGAAAUUUUUACAGUUACAUUGUGGAGGGCGGUAUCUUCAGGUCCACAUAAAUUUGCUGCAACUUUGUACUCCACAGAGCAUAUUGAUUCACCGGCGUCAUUCGUAAGAAUCAAUUAUGAGAACAGUCCAAUUGGGAGGGAGAACAGAGAAGGAUUCUUAUGUGGUUUCAUCUCAAGAAGAAGGGAGACGGGUUAGAUUAGUUGGAGGAGCAACUGAUUUCCAAUGUAUCUUGGGUGAAAGUAAGAGUAGGUGGUUUUUGAUUUUGUGUAGAUGGUUUGCUGAGAUUAAAGUUCAUGUACAUAUUUAUAUUGAAAUAGUGAGACUGUGAGAGGUAGAGCAGAGUGGAGUUUGUGUACCAAGAUCCCAGAUGUAGCAAAAUAAACCUGGGAAAAUAACUUAGAAUUUUGUUUCUUGUAUAAUUUUCACUAGUCAUUAGGUUUGUAUCGUAUCAUGGAAUAAUCUCAACUCCGCAUACCUAAUCGCCUCCA